UGCAGGCACACAAGUGUCAUCAUCGGUGCUAGUUGUUAGCUUCAUGAACAUAAGCAACUUAAACGAACUUAACAAGUUAUUUAACCUCUGAUACCAUCUCUUACCUCCGUUGAUUUCACUUUUCAUAGGGAAGUGUCCGGUUGCGCGCGAGCAGUUGAUGAAGUAGCGGUAACGGUCACUGCUCUGUGCUAACAGUUAGCCAGGUGCUAACAACAGAGAGCUUCACGUACAUGUGUGGGUCCUUGCUGUCAUUAGAAGUGGAAACGGAUCAACAGGGAUAACUGACAGCUUUCCCUGGUGGACAUCAUGGAGCUCCAGGCUGUGUUAAUGGCAGCUGGAGGGGGUUCUCGUAUGACUGAUCUGACAUACAACACCCCUAAACCAAUGCUGCCAGUCGGCAACAAGCCCCUCAUGUGGUACCCACUUAACCUGCUGGAGAGGGUGGGCUUUGAUGAGGUGAUUGUGAUAACCACCAAAGAGGUCCAGAAGAUGAUGAGCACUGACCUUAAAAUGAAGUCAGAUGUGAAGAUGAAGCUGGACGUGGUGUGUAUCCAGGAGGAUGGAGACAUGGGGACAGCAGAUGCUCUGAGACACAUCCAGCAGAAGAUCAAGACGGAUAUCCUGGUGGUCAGCUGUGACCUGAUAACAGACGUGGCUCUUCACGAGGUGGUUGAUCUCUUCAGGGCCCAUAAUGCAACACUGGCCAUGCUCAUGAGCAAAGCCCAUGAGUUCACAGAGACAGUCCCAGGACAGAAGGGCAAGAAAAAGACAGCGGAGCAGAGAGACUUUGUGGGAGUGGACCAGUCAGGAAAAAGGCUUUUGUUCAUGGCAAAUGAGGCUGAUCUGGAGGACGGUCUGUCAAUAAGGAAGUCUAUCAUGAGGAAACAUCCCAGGAUGCUCAUCAAAACAGGACUCGUGGAUGCUCACCUGUACUGCCUGAAAAAAGCUGUGGUGGACUUUCUAGCAGACAACAAGUCAAUCUCCUCAAUCCGUGGUGAGCUCGUACCAUAUAUGGUAAGGAAACAAUUUUCCAAAACAACUGCCAGUCAGAAAAUUAAAGAUGACGCAGAUGAACAGAGUCAGAAGAAUGACAGCUCUACAAACCAAGAGAUCCUCAUCUCCUCUCGAGAUGAAGCCCUUCUUCAGUUGGCCCAGGAGCGAUCGUGUUGGAAUGACCACCGUGGGGACAUGAAUGAGGCUUACCAUGGAGGGAAGCUCCGCUGUUAUGUUCACAUCAUGGACCAGGGUCUCUGCUGCCGCGUCAACACUCUACCUGCUUACAUAGAAGCAAACAGACUGGCCCCUAAACUGUUCGACGAGCCUGCAGUCCAUCCUUCUGCUGUUAUUUCUGAGAGAUGUCAGAUGGGAUCAGACAGCAUCAUCGGAGCGCAGUGCCAGAUAGCAGAUAAGACCUCCAUAAAGAGAUCCACCGUUGGGAACUCCACCACUGUGAAAGAGAAGGUCAAAGUCACCAACUCCAUCAUCAUGCACGGGGUUACCAUCGAGGAGGGGUGUAAUAUCCAGGGCAGUGUGAUCUGCAGUAACGCCGUCAUUGGACGAGGAGCAGACCUCAAAUACUGUUUGGUGGGAAACGGACAACGGAUCGAGCCAGAGGCUGAGAGGACAAAUGAAGUCAUCGUAGGAACGGACCAGCUGAUGGAGAUCUAGCUCCCUUGAGAAUGUACAGCUUCAACUCACUAACCAGUGAGCAGCAAAUGACAGCGGACAUGCAAUUCAUUGGCUGACAGACCAAUCAGAAGCCUGGAUUCUGCUUAAAGGUUCUCCGUGAUCUUCUCAUAUGCUUUUUUGUACAUUGUGUCAAAAUAAAGACAAAUGCUUUAACCCACAACA